AUGACUGAUUCUCAAGGAUCUAAUUCAUCUGAGGAAAUUGUCAAUACAAAUGACAAUUUAAUUUCUCCACCAUGUUUAAUAACAAAAUUAGUUGACGCUUUUUCGGUUUCAAAUUUUCUCCCGUCAAUUUUGACCUUGCGAUUACCGAUUAUUUGUGCUUUACCCGAGCGACUUGGUUACUUUUCUUGCCGUGUCAAUCCUAAUGGAGGGUCAGACAUUUACUAUCCAGAUAAAUCGUGUUUACCUUACCUGAGGCCAGAUUAUUUUACUUUCAAGAACAUUAAUCUACUCGAGAAUGUGAGUGAACAGUUUUCGUUUUCAUAUCGUAUUCCCGUUGAGACUGGACACAUAUUACAAUGGAUUCAGAAUUCACCUGAUCGCGGUUUGCGGUCAAAUUUCAACUUCAUCUGUACAACUUCACGAGUUUUAAGGUCAAUAUUAAAUGUCCCUUAUAACGAUGGUGUUUAUUGGACAACGAUCGCCAUUAAACUUGGAUCGACCAUUUAUCUUUUCUUCCGUGAUCCAAAUACCCGAUCUCGAGCCGAUGAAUUUCUCAAUACUGCAAAGGUUAAAAGCACCAUUACUGGUUUACGAUUUUCCGAAACGAUAACAGUUAAACCCAAGGAAAUGAGACAACAAUUUAACCUUAACGGGAAUCAGAAUAGUUUUUACACUGUCAACCAAUUGGAGAUUGGUAAACACAAGAUACUUUAUCCGUGUCAAGUUGAUUGUACCAUUGAUCAUGGUGAAUAUGCUAAACCGUAUCAGGAGAUGAAAUUUGCUCAGAUCAAAAGUCGAUCCUGUCAAUGGUCAAUUUUACAGAAGGAAAAUCAUCAGAUGGUCAAAACAAUCGCUUGGUGGAUCGGCUCAUUUCUCAGCGAUUCAGAGACAAUUGUUUGCGGUGAAAGAUCAAAAUCAUUUACGAUUCGUGAUGUGACAACAUUUAGAUCCGAUUCCUUGUUACAUGUUCAAAGUGCCAAUAUCAAUUGGACACCGAAAAAGUGUCUCGAUCAUUUAGAUGCUAUUUUAACCUUCAUUGGGUCAAAGGUUGACGAGGAAAAAGUUGUCUACACUUUCAAAUGGAAUCGAAUCGAGCAACAGAUCAGAUAUUACAAAUGUUCGACCCCAAUUUCGAAAUUCUUUCCAUACUAUUACCUAAGAGAUCUGAUCUAG